GUGACGUCAGGCCGUGCGGCCGGUCUGGGACCAGGCGGCGGCUCGCGGAGGCGCUUACCCUAGCGUGACGCGAGGACUCCGCUCCCCCGCGGCCCGCCCGCCUGCCGGCCUAGCCGCCGCCUCCUUCGCUCCCUGAGCGCGCCAGGCGAGGGCCAGCGGCUGGGGCGACGCGGAGCGGAGAGGGCGGGCAGGCGGGCGGGCGGGCUGUGGAAGCGCCGGUCUCUAUAUGGCGGCGGCUCUGUCGGGCCUGGCUGUCCGGCUCUCGCGCUCGGCCGCCGCCCGCUCCUAUGGGGUCUUCUGCAAGGGGCUGACUCGUACACUGCUCAUCUUCUUCGACCUGGCCUGGCGGCUGCGCAUCAACUUCCCCUACCUCUACAUCGUGGCUUCCAUGAUGCUCAACGUCCGCCUGCAGGUUCAUAUUGAGAUCCAUUGAAGGCCCUCCUGUACUGACAAAGGCGUGACCUCAGGCCCAUCCCAUCCAAGAACACGAAGCAUGAGGGACAGAAGAGGGCCCCUUGGCACCUGCCUGGCACCAGUGCAGCGGGCCAGAGGAGAUGAUUUGGACAAACUAUUACACAGCCUUAAGAAAAGAAUGCUGAAGGAGGGCCCCUGGCCUGUAGAUGCACCCUCCUGGAUCAAUAAGCCUGCGGUUGGCAGAAAUUCACAGAGUGCUGCAUUAUCACUGGAAAUGAGAAAGGAUCCUAGCGGGGCUGGCCUCCGGCUUCACGGUGGUGACCUAGUGCUUCCACAUGUGAAAGAAUCAAUAAGAAAUCUAGCCUCAGUGGCUGCUCCGAGUGCAGCCAUGGGUUUGUUCUCUGCUCCAACAGAGUGUUUUGCUGGGGUGUCCUGCAGUGGUGUUGAAGCUCUGAGGUGGGACUGGCUGGGAGGAGGGCCCGAGGCCACCAACGGCCACAAAGGACAGUGCCCCAAAGGAGAGCCUCGGGUGUCAGGACUGCCACACCAUCAAAAACUGCAGGAAAUGGGAAGUUGUCAGGAUGACCCACCAAGUGCUUUUCUCGAGGGUCUGGGCUCUGAGUUGGAACCCUCUUGCCUGCACUCCAUCCUGUCUGCAGUGCUGCACGUGUGUCUAGAAGUGCUCCUGAAUGAUGAGACAGAACGAGUUUUCCUUGACCGUUUAAAGCCCAUGUUUUCAAAGCAAACAAUAGAAUUCAAGAAAAUGCUUAAAAGCACCUCAAAUGGUCUCCAGAUGACAGUGGGGUUACUGGCUCUGCAGCCUGUUGAAUUAGCAAAUUCAUUAUGCCAUAGUUAAGGUCCAAGCAGAACAAUAAAAAUAGGUUAAUUUUAAGAGUUGUCUUAGAAUGAUUUCUUUCACAUUAAGUCUGGAUGCAAACCAUGCAGCCCUUCAGUUCCUGCUGUGGUUUUUUACGACUCGCCAGACUUCAAGUAAAUUGAGUUGAAAUUCAAAGCUGGUUGAUGUGGAAGAAACUUUUUUAGCAUGUGUUAAAUUGUGCUUUCAAAGACAUAAAGAAUUGGGAAACAUUUCAGGAGACGAUCAUAGCCUGUAUAAAUAUCAGAUUAGAACAUACAGAUUUACCAUGAAAUUCUGUCUUCAACACUCAUUCUAAAGGGCUACUGUCCCAAGUCCUGUGUGUCCCUUCGGCUUGUCUGAUAACCCAAUGGAAAUGGAUACUUGUGAAGUUUACACCACUGUACUUGGCAUUAAGCCUUGCUGAAUUCGUGGUAAGCUGUUACCAUUUCUGCAUUUUGUAGAAUGGUUUUUGUCUGCAGCAGAAUUCGAUUUCCCUUCUCACACCCCUUUCCUUCCACGUGAAAUGCGAUUUAGACAGAGCCCCUGUGGUGAAAAUUGCAAUAUUAAGCUUACCUUUAGAGGAGUCCCUUCUCAAACUUGGAACCCUAGCAGUGUUACCUUCAACGAAAAAGAGCUUGAGAAAAAGGUAGCUCCAUUACAGAGAAGCAAAUCAAGUUACUUCCCUUCUAAAAAGUUUCCCAGAUUCUAGGAAUUGCAGUAUCUUGUACCCUCAGAUUUUUCAGGUGACUCCUUGUCUGCUGAUAACUUUAAUAAAGAUAAUUUAAGGGCAUAAGUUUUUAAGGACUCCCAAAGUGAGACUUAACCAUUUUGGGGAUUACUGACUGCAUAUACCAGUUUAUAUUGUGUGCUGAAUUAUGCCAUGUGCUAUUUUAGUGUUUGGCGGAAAUGAAAAAUAAAAUUUGUUCUUUAGCUUAAUAAAUGUCUUAUUUUA